CUCAAUUUGGGGUCAGAUGGUACCCUGGGCAUAAUACAUGUGAUAUCUUGUACAUUGUUAAAACUUAAUACAUAAUUUGUUUAAUCCUAAAUAAGGUGGCAAUGACAUAUUUGCUGAUAUUUAGUAAGUUGCCGAUUGUCAGAAUGACAAGAUCCAAUAAUUAAAUUUCAUUACGUACACCAACGAAAAGCAUUUUGUAUUUUAGAAGAAUAAAUGUAAUAAAUUGAAGAUACAUUCCUUUUAUUAGAACCACAACAAUAAUACAGUCCACCCAAGAUAUUUAUACAUAUUUUUUGGUCCUUCGAGCCGGAUAUUUUGAAAAUCAAUUGCAACGAUCUAUUGAAGAAGAAGCCACAAGCGAAGUCUAUAGUAGCGAUCAGUGGCCCAGUCAAGUAGUGAACUAUUUUAAAGAAAUUAUUACACAAAGAGGUGAUAUUCAAUAAAAUCAAUUGCAACAAUCUAUUGAAGAAGAAGCCACAAGCGAAGUCUAUAGUAGCAGUCAGUGGCCCAGUCAAGUAGUGAACUAUUUAGAGAAAUUAUUACACAAAGAGGUGACAUUCAAUCUAUAAACGAAUUGGUCAACUAUAAAUUACAGUUCAAGAACGCUAUUAAAAUUAUAACACGAGGAUAUCCUUUUAAACUAUUUUCUGAUCAUAUUACUGUAAUUAAGGGUUUGCAGUUUUACAUUAUUUUAAUUACCCCCUAUUUGCAACUUUAAAACGAUUAUUUUGAAAUUAUUUAGAAUAUUUAUUUUUGAAUAUUUGUCAAAUUGACAUUUCGAUUCCAGUUCGAGUUACUUAGAUCUUGGAACUGAUUUCAUUUAACGUUGGUGUACAUUUCUAGGUCAAUAUUGCAUUUUUUCUAUUAUUUCAAAAUUGAUACAAUUUUCAAGUAAAAUACAAUUAUUUUUGAUGAAAUAAUUUGUCCAUUUACCAUUGCACAAUAAUUACACUUGGGAUACUAUUUCCAUAAGUUCAAGUUCAAGUUUCAAGUUCAAUAUAAGUUCAAUAUAAGUUCAAUUUUAACAGGUCUAUUUAUACCUGUUUUCAAUCAAUUGCCAAUUUACCAUUUCUAUAUUACGAGGUACGAUUAUACGAGGAUUACGAGGUAGAUACGAUAUUACCUCUAUAACAAUACAAAUACAAUUAUUGUCAAAGGUCUAUUUAUACCUUUGUCAAACCAUUGCUAGAUUACAAUUUUAACAGGUCUAUUUAUACCUGUUUUCAAUCAAUUGCCAAUUUACCAUUUCUAUAUUACGAGGUACGAUUAUACGAGGAUUACGAGGUAGAUACGAUAUUACCUCUGUUACAAUACAAAUACAAUUAUUGUCAAAGGUCUAUUUAUACCUUUGUCAAACCAUUGCUAGAUUACAAUUUCUAUUUAGCCUAUAUUUCCAUUUUGAUUAUUAAUAUGUCUAUUAAACAAUUAAUAAGAAACAGAAAUUCAUUGACUCAAGAACUAGCAAUGUUAAAUGAAUUUGCUACAAGUAUAGAUACCAAUUUGCCUACUAUUUCAGAUGUAGAAUACAGGUUAACUGGUUACAAUGAUUUAUUACAAGAAUUUAAUCAACUCCAGAGAACUAUAGAGGAGAAAUGUGAUGAAACAGAUCUAGAGACUCAUUAUGAAACACGAAAGCAAUUUAAAACAUCAUUUUUUGAUGCUAUGGCAAUAUUAAUGAACUAUGUGAAUAAAAAUGCAAUUAAUGUUACUAAUGGUACAACUUUCCCCAAUUCAAAUCAAUCUUUUGACUAUAUAAAAAAUAACUUUUUACCAAAAAUAAAAUCAAAUAUAAGCCAUACCAAAGAUCAGUGUAGACUAGAUAAUUGUAAAAAAUGUUCAAAAAAGCAUAGUACAUUGCUGCACAUUGAUUCUCAAAUUAAAUCAACAAUAAUUUUAGAGCCAUCUACUAGUCAAACAAAUUUAUUAGUUGAAAAUAAGAUUCCAGUUACACAAGUUUUGCUGCCUACUGUAACAUUUCAAGGUAAGGAUAAAUACAACAAUUUUCAUAAAGCUAGAGCAAUUUUAGACAGUGGUGCACAAUCAAAUUUAUUCACUGAGCCUUUUUGUCAAAAAAUUAAUAUUCCAUUGAUCAAUAGACAUAUUCCAAUUAUCGGUAUUAACCAAUCUGAAAGCAUUACUCAUAAAAAAAGCAGCAUCAAUAUAAUUUCAAGCAAUAAACAGUUUUCUACAAUUUUGAACUGUCCAGUAGUACCAAGUUCCCUUCAAGGUGGGGGCUAUGUUAAAACUUAA